UUGCCGACUCCUGUGAUUCAAUAUAAAAUGGCUGACCCGGAAACAAACCUUCGAAAACGUUUGAAAAAAAACCCAAUAAAAAACUGUUGUAACUUAUCUACAGCUAAGGGAGGAAGGGUUUCAGAGAGCAGUGAUACGGAAUCGGAAAACCACAGUGUGGUGAUCCAGAAACUCAGAUCAAACUCUGUAAAAUUGACAGUAUCAAGAAAGACAAAUUGAUGUACUCUGUGUCCGACUGUUGACUGACAGAUCAAAGAGAGAAUAUAUGUGGUAUAGUAUUCAUGUAAUGUCAGUAUUUAUUAAGUAGCUAUACUCUGUAUGAUUAGGUCACCUGAGUCACUCAGGAGACCCAUUGCUAUCACACGUUUGUCGUUGUGUGUCAUUCAUAGACAUUUUACAUCUCCUAAAUCGAUAUGAGGGCAGAAGUCAUUGUGUUAGUUCUGGGGUAAGAACUGUUGCCCGAGCGCAUAGGCCGAGGUAAUUGGGAUCUGCAGAACCGAAAAUGUCUAACAGUCUUACUAGAUAAUUGAAGUUCUUGACUUGAUGGUUCAUAUUUAUUGAUAAAGUUGUAUUUUGUUCGCUGACAAAUUAAUAAAUAGACAUUUUACAUCUCCUAAAUGGAUAUGAGAGCAGUGGUCAUUGUGUUAGUUCUGGUGUAAGAACUGUUGCCCGAGCGCAUAGGCCGAGGCCAACAAAAUAAUCAGCCAGGGUUAGGGAAAUAGCAAAGCAUGGGACAUAAGCCAGUAAUUAACAUGUAUGUAUAAGAUUGCCAUUUUGCCAACAUUUGACAAUUUGGUGUGAAUUGUAAUUUCAUCGCAAUAACAGUCUGUUUUCCACAUGGGGUAAAGACACAACUGCAUUUUACAUACAUGUAUGUUUUAUAAACGCAUUUUAAAAAGUCACAUUCUGUAUUUAAAGUGUCACAUUUGAAAAACUGUGAAUAGAAAUGUCAAUAGAAUCAGAAAGAAGGCAAAUCCUGAGUCAGCCCUCAUUUCUAUAACUAAGUUAUGGUGAUCUGUGUGUGUGGAGAGAGAGAGUACAUAUUUUAAAAAAAGGUCGACACAACAAGGUGCCAAGAAAUGAAAGAUUUUGCAAUCAUUGUAAUAAAAAAGAUUUAGAAGAUGAGUUCCACUUUAUACUCAUAUGUCCUUUUUACGCUGAAUUACGAAAGAAAUAUAUAAAGAGUUUUUAUUACAAAAAACCAAGUGUUUUUAAGCUAGUUAAACUUUUAAGUGUGAACAACACAAAGGAACUGAAUAAUUUAGAGAAAUAUUUGUCUAGCGCUUCCAAAAUGAGAGCACAGCAUUGUAAUAAUACUACAGUUUAAACUACUUAUCAUACAUUUAUGUCCAUUCAUAUCUUAUGAUAUGUAUAUGAUUAUAUUGUCUUGAUAUGUCCACUCACUUACUGCACAUUGCACAUUUGUAUAUAAUUUUAUAUGUAUUAUAAUUUGUAUUCCAAUGAGUUGUAAAGCUCAAGGAUAAUAAAUUGAAUUGAAUUCACAUAUUUGAGAAGUACAAUAAAUGACGAAAGAGGGAGAGAGAAAAAGAUUUAAAAAUAUAUAAAGAAAAAAAAUCAGACACUAUAUAUAUACAUAAAAUGGAUCAACAUAUUAAGCAUUGUAUCAUAUAAAUGUGUUUAUUAGGUCACCUGAGUCACUCAGGUGACCUAUUGCAAUUGGUCUUCGUCUGUCGUCGUGCGUUAACAAUUUUACAUUUUUAACUUCUUCUUGAAAACUACAAGGCCAAUCGUUACUAUUUUUGGUGUGAAGCAUCUCUAUGGUAAGAAGAAUCUAAAUUGUGAAAUUUAUGGCUCUACCACCCCUGGGGUGCCACGGGCGGGGCCAAAUAUGCAAAAAAAGCCAAAUUUUCAAAAAUCUUCUUUUCUACUCCCAUGCAUGUGAGGAGCAUGUGAGGAAAAAACUGGUUGCAUGGUUAUGAUGUCCAUGAGGCCUUCUACCAAAAUUGUGAAAUUUAUGGUCCCUGGGUCAGGGCGUCUGGCUCUAGGGUGGGGCCAAUAUGGCCAUAUAGUAAAAAUGUAUUAAAUCUUAGAAAAUCUUCUUCUCUACUACUAUAUAUAUAUUUUAAAACCUAAAUGCAUGAUAAUGAUGUCCAUGAAGCCUUCUACCAAAAUUGUGAAAUUCAUGACCCCUUGGUCAGGGGUUCAGGCUCUAGGGUGGGGCCAAUAUGGCCAUAUAGUAAAAAUGUAUUAAAUCUUAGAAAAUCUUCUUCUCUACUCUCAUAUAUUUGUUAAAAACGAAAUGCAUGAUUAUGAUGUCGAUGAGACCCUCUAUCAAAAUUGUGAAAUUCAUGACCUCUGGGUCAGGGGUUCAGGCUCUAGGGUAGGGCCUAUAUGGCCAAAUAGUAAAAAUGUAUUAAAUCUUAGAAAAUCUUCUUCUCUACUCCCAUAUAUAUUUGUUAAAAACUAAAUGCAUGGUUAUGAUGUCCAUGAGGCCCUCUACCAAAAUUGUGAAAUUCAUGACCCCUUUGUCAGGUGUUCAGGCUCUAGGGUGGGGCCAAUAUGGCCAUAUAGUAAAAAUGCUUUAAAUCUUAAAAAAUCUUCUUCUCUACUCCCACACAUGUGGGCAAAAAACUGAAUACAUGGUUAUGAUAUCCACAUUCUCCUUUACCUAAAUUGUGAAAUUCAUGGCCCCUGGGUCAGGGGUUCAGGACAUGAGGGGGGGGGGCAAUAUAGUGUUAAUGCAUAUAAUGUUUAAAAAUCUUCUUCUCUAUUCGCACACAUCUGUAUAAAAAAAAUCUGACUAAUAAUUAUGUUUACCAGGAAGUCCUCUACUGAAAUUUUAAUAAUCAUGUCCCCUGGGGUAUGGGUUUUGACUCUAGGACAGGGCCAAAAUGGAUGUAUAGAUGUUAAUGCAUAUAACAUUAAAAAUUAUCUUCUUUACUCCCGCACACCUGAAAGGAAAACUGAAUUCAUAAUUUUGUAGACCAGAUCUUUUAGUUUUUCACCAAAAUUAUAGGUUUCACAGUUCUUUUUUAAUUAAAUGUGGUUGUCAUUACAAAUUUCUAAUUUUUCUACUCGAGUAUGAAACCUAAUUUUAAAUUAGAUGCAUAUAUGAGACUCCAUGACAAGUUUGUGUAUGGGAUAUAUGCUACUCAGGUGACCGUUAAGGCCAAUUGGCCUCUUGUUAUGAAAUAAAAUAUGGAUCGACAUAUUAAGCAUUGUAUCAUAUAAAUGUGUUUAUUAUUAAAUCCCGCACUUGCUCGGGAUAUCAUCUAGUACUUGAAUGUAACAGCUGAUGGUCUUUUUUCAGGUUCCUUGUGUCCGACUGUGUACUGACAGAUCAAAGAGAGAAUAUAUGUGGUUAUGACCCAGAGCCCUCACAUCAUGGACACAGCAAGCUCCCCAUACCGAGUACAUCUGUGUUUUAAGUGUUCGGGGGGCACAGAGUACUAUUGUGUAUCGUGUCCAUGUGAUCUGUGUCCCCAGUGUAAAGAGAACCAUGUAAAAGAUCUCCAAACAAUAGACCAUGAUGUUGUGUCACACCGUGAUAAAAUCAACUACAUCCCAACACAAGAGAUCUGUGUGAGACAUCCUAGCCAUGUUUAUAAAAAGUACUGUGAACCUUGUCAAGUUCCUGUCUGUUUCCACUGCAGAAAACAUAGAACUCACAGACAACUUGAUGUUAAAACAGCCUAUAAAACAAAGCGACAACAACACAGAGGAACCAUUCACACCAUCAGAAGUGAGGCUCUCUUUUACAGACCUGUUCUCCUGACAGGAAUCAAAGCUGAUGUCAAAACCUGUCACACAGAAUUCUCUCCCCUUCAAUCAGAGAUGUUAACAAAGGCCCAGACACUGAAGGAUCUCAUUGACUAUGUGGUAUAUGAUCUAUUGAACAAUGUGUUAUGUUACUUUGAUUUCAAACACAGAUGUAAAAAACAGAAGAUAGAAAUGAUCAGACAUAUUAUCAGACUAAGGAGAUAUGAACACAGAUAUGUACAGCCAGCAUUCACAUUCAGUGCGCUACAAUUCCUCUCCUUCACAAAGACAGCCCUCCCCCAGAUACAUCUUACACUCCACACCAGCCAGCUCUCCAUGACUGAGUCACUCAACAAGGAGGAUGUGAUGGAGUCACUGAGUGCAAUCCAAAUCACAGAGAGAGGAAACCGACGCGUAGGAAACCAGUGUCUGCUGAAACUGACGUCUGGUGCUGAGCUCCAUCAAUCUCUCACACUGACAGGUGUUGAUUAUUGUUAUCACAUUUCCUGUGUGACAUCAGACCGGGUCUGGGUCAGUGAUGGAAGCUAUCUCACGUUGACAGACACAACAGGUGUCCCUCUACAUCGUGUGAAGGAUUCAGAUAAUGAUUAUAUAGGAUCACACACAGUGAACAGUGAGAGUGAACUGAUUUAUAUAGACUGGAAUUCUAACAUCAACAAACUGUCAAAGGAUAUGAAAACAACCACCACAUUUAUAGAUACAACAGACUCUACAUGGGACCCAGUGUGUGUGUACUGGUCCCCGUCCACUGGGGAUCUACUGGUCGGGAUGCAUAACGAUAGGACAGAGACAGGCAAGGUAACCCGGUACAACCAGAGUGGACAACUCACACAAACCAUACAGUACCACAACACAGGACGGGGACUGUAUGGUGAUCCUAUCUAUAUAACAGAGAACAACAAUGGGGAUGUCGUGGUGUCUGACAAAAUAGACUAUGUGUCUGGUGCUGUAGUGGUGACAGAGCGUGGAGGAAGACAUCGUUUCUCCUACACAGGACAUCCAUCAGGAUCAGGACUAUGGCCACAUGGAAUCUGUACUGACGCGCUGUCACACAUCCUGGUGGGUGAUGGUAAAACCAAAACAGUACAGAUGAUAAAUAAGGACGGUCGGUUCCUGUCAUAUCUACUGACAAAAUCACAAGAGAUGGGUAAACCAUGGGGCCUGAGGUAUGAUGUCAACACUCACCGUCUCUGGGUCGGAUCAGAGUACAACAACAAGAAGGUGUGUGUCUACAGGUAUAUCACCAGACAGGACGCUCUGACAGAUGAAAACAGACCCCGUCCUGAUGGGGACACCAUGUCCAGCUCAACACCAGCCGUAUAAUGGAGAUAGCUGGGAUAUUGACAGACAAGCUGCUUUUUUAAACGCCUUUAGGGGGAGACAGUAGAAAACCUGCUCGGAUUGCCCAUAAUUCCAAUGGAGUUACAGAAGUCAACAUAUUACCGGUCAUCAAGGGACUUUGUGUUCUGUGUACGUUAACUCAACAUGAAUGGACUCUGUGUCUGUGUGUGCGUGAACUCUACACAAAAAUAAUGCGUCUUCAAUGGACUUUGUGUUCUGUGUACAUAAACUCUUUAUGAAUAAUGCCUCAUCAAUGGACUCUGUCUUUUGUGUACAUGAACUCUACUGUAAUUUGUUAUCAUACAUUUUUUGUCAAUUUUAUCUAAGUGUAAAUGUUGUCAGUAUAUAAUAUGUUUUACAUAUCUAAGCUCCUGAAAUUUCUGGUAUCAUUCGGUGCUAGGACGGAGAUGUCCAUUACAAUUGUAGCCAAUGUGUCACAUAGUGUUUUGUUUUUUAGUUUUGAUUUUUACACAAGAAAUCUUGUAUGUUGUAGUAAACAUUAUUUUCAAAGGGGAAUAACUCGAAAUUUGUAUUUUUAGUCAGGAUGAAAAAACAGUUAUUCCCCCUUAUAUAAUUUUCCUAAGAUGAAGUUUGACUUAAGAAUGGGAACUGAAUUUGAUGGUGUUCAUCCCUAACAGUUUUAUUGGUAGGAUUGAAUAUCAGUUAAUGUAUUUUAACAAUAUAUCGUGAUCAUUUGAGAAGAAGUGAUCUGAUAAGCUUUUGAUAAGUUUUAGAUGUUUUUUUUAUACAAUGUUAUGUAGUUUUAGUUUCAGUAUGUAAAUACACAUGUAGUUGAUGUUAGUUUUUAAUUCAUUAAGUUUGAGCUGUGCAUGUGUAACAAUUGGUGCAUCAUAUAUUGCUUGUUGUGCUCAAAAGGUAGGUCACAAUGACCCAAUUAGACUUAUGGUAGUUUAUAGUGAAACUAUUUUAGAACAUUUAUUUGAAAAAAAAAAAAAAAAAAAAUUGUGUUUUAGAAAUGAUGUACCAUUCAUUAUACCAGAAGUCAUGUACUCAUGUAUUUAUCAAUGUGAAAGUAGGUCAUGAUGACCUGAAUUUGUAAUUAGCAUGUUGUUAAUCUUAUGUAUUUGUUAAUGGUGUUUAAGCACAUUUCUCGCUCUCUGUAUCUCUGUUGACCAGAUAGAUAGGACAACUCAAGUUAAUGUCAUUUAUUUGGAGAAAUAUUGUACGUAAGUUUAAGCGAGAUUAUGGGUUUUUUUUGUUUACGGACACAAUGAAGUAACUUAUAUACAUUGUUUUUGUUGUAUUUUUAUUGUGUUUACACUUACCAUGAAAAACAUAAUACCUGUAUACAAAUGAUGUUUGGGGAAAUGUAGCGAGCUGUAGAUAAAAGUCAAUAAACUUAAAGUGACAUGUC